AUGGCUCCGCAGUCAAUGUUCCAAACGGCACUUCUGGUGUCAUUCUCGGUUUUCCUCACCGUCGUAUUGGGUUUUGGACUUCCGGCUCUUCUGAACGCGCUCAUGAGGCUGCUGGGUCUACCGGAAACGAGUGUAACGGAAUGUAUUGUUGUCAUGUAUGCUGUUUUUGUGCUGUACGUUGCGACUCCUCGACUUCCCAGAGGUCUGGUGGAGGUGAAAGGUAAAGCUGUGCUCAUUACAGGCUGUGACUGUGGAUUUGGUUUUGCACUUGCCAAACAUCUGCACUCGCUUGGCUUCACAGUUUUUGCUGGAUGUCUCUUAAAGGACAAAGAUGGAGACGGCGCGAAGGCGCUUGAAGAGUUGCAUUCGGAUCGCAUGAAGGUGGUGCAGCUGGAUGUCUGCAGCGACGAGGAGGUGAACAGGGCCGUCGAGUACGUCAAAGACAAUCUGCAGGACUCGCAAAGAGGUCUGUGGGGCGUUGUGAACAACGCCGGCGUCUCCACGUUCGGAGAGGUAGAAUUCACCUCCAUGGAUACCUACAAACACGUGUCGGAGGUCAACCUCUGGGGCACCAUCAGGGUCACCAAGGCUGUUCUUCCCUUAAUACGCAGGGCAAAAGGUCGAGUUGUGAACCUGGCCAGCAUGUAUGGAAGGAUGGGCAACAUAAUGCGGUCUCCGUAUUGUAUAUCUAAAUAUGGCGUGGAAGCUUUUUCGGACUGCCUGCGCUACGAGAUGAAGACCUGGGGAGUGAAAGUGUCUGUGAUCGAGCCCGGGAACUUCAUCGUGGCCACCGGCAUCCUCACCCGCGACAUUGUGGCCACUACGGCAAACAAGCUGUGGAGCGAGGCGCCGGAGGAGGUGAAGGAGGAUUAUGGGAAAAGCCACUUCGAGCAGCACAUGGCUCUGAUGCGCUCGUACUGCAACAGCGGAGAGAAGGAUGUAGCCUCAGUCCUGGAUGACAUCACGGACGCCGUUGUGUCGAAGCGGCCGUACACGAGGUACAGCCCCAUGGAGCCGCACUGGUGGAUCAGAGUGCAGGCGAUGACCCACCUGCCUGGUGCCGUAUCUGACCUGCUCUACUUCUAAAAGAACAUUUCUGUGCUCUUCGUUUCAUCUCAGAUCAGUUAGAAGCAGAUUUGAUGACACUAAGCAGAUUUACAAAAACUAACCCAACGCUGGGGCUCUGAUAUUUAUUUUUCAGCUUUUAAAAUCUCUCACUGGUCAAUCCCUGAAGUGGCGAAUCAGAUCCUUUUAAUGUAAGGCUCUGUGGAAAGUUAUGAAUGGUUAAUAUCUUACCUGUUGCAGAUAGUUUCAGUUGGGGAUCUUGAUAAGUUAAAGGCCAGGACCAAGUUGGAUUGUUUUCAUUUUUAAAACAACUCCAAGGUUGCAGUUGCAGCUAGCUGUAGCAUAUAUGGUGUCACCAAGGGUACACAUGACAGGAGUAUAAUUUUCUCAAGAAUAACUAAGUUGAAAUUUGUGGUGGGGCAAAAGGUUUUAAUAUUUGCACGAAUCGCUUAUUUUGAAAUGGAAUUUUGGAGUUGGCCUCACUCGGACUAGCCUUUAGCUCAACAAGCUUGUCCAAGUUAAACUAUUUUUCGACACCAUUAAGAGCCAUCUACAACAGGUAGGAUAGUAAUUGUUCACGACCUUGCCACAGAACCCUGAAAAUCAUAACUAUAUUCACUUUUUAAAUAAGUAGUUACCAUUUUUAUUUGGUAUAAAACAGUUAUGGCUCACUCGUAGCUAUAAGUAACACAUACGCAUCGCUUGCUGUGGCAUUAUCUCUUUAUUUCGCUCUUACUUUGUGGUAUUUUACG